AAUUCAUUUCUCAUAGAUACGAAUUUAACCAAAACGGUUGAAUUAUUACCAGAUACCAAAUUCAUUGAGCCAGACUGGUAUUGAAGAAAGACAUAUUAAAGAAGAAAUAUUAUAAACGUAGAUAUUGUUAUCGAGUGCACAGGUCCUUGAGGUUGAUGUAAACAACAUGGCGGUCGAAGAAGGAAAUGACUCGCAAUGGAGCAAACGCUUCUGCUUUCAGAUUAUCUUUACGACUUUACUCUUCGUUUUGACACAACUGACUGCCUCUGCGGGUAAUACAGCAACGAUAAGAACUCAAGAAAAACUCACAGGUAACUGCAAGGAUUACCUGGGAGUCCAACAAGGUCACGAGGACACUUGGCCCUCGUCAGCUGGAGCAUGUGACAAGAACAUCUGCAUCAUUGUACCAUCAGGCAACUAUCUCAUUGUUGAGCGAUGUAGAGAGAUCACAAAUGAUGAAAACCCGGACAGUGACAACUGUCAUAGUGUUGCCAACAGCUCUCUGCCUUUUCCAGGAUGUUGUCCUGACCUGCAGUGUUCUGAGAGUCCCCCCAUCACCACCCCACCCAGCACAUCUUGUUCUGACCUGUCUCCCAGUUUCUCCUGCUGGUUCUGGUCCAACACAACCCUGGGCUGCUCUCCCAAUGGAACCUACUACAACUCCUUCUUAAAGGACUUCUGUAGGAAGACCUGCCAAUUCUGUACUUAAAGAGAACAUCCCAAGACAAUGGCAAGAAUAUGCAUCUCUCAGAAGAUAGUUAACAAGUCUUAUUCAGACUUAUGAAACUCUUAGAAAAAAAUCAAUGACAGCAUUUUGGGGAUACAGUGGCAGAUUUAUUUAUUUUUGUUUUUGUAAAACCUUUGAUAUUCAUUUUAAAAGUCUGUUCUGUGCCUUGAAGUUUACAUUUUACCAGACAGUUUUGUAUGUAACCAGGUGAUAAUUGUGCCUUCUGCUGAAUGGUAUGUUUUUGGUGUGGUAUUUUUUCCAUUUGGGGAACUGACACAGUUUAAUAAAGUAUAUAUACGAA